GGCGCAGCCAGCUGACCGCCUCCGGGCUCCGCCGGUAUAAAGAGCCGCCCUGCAAGACCAGGCAGUCUGCAUCCUCACCAUCAGCUGACAGAAUGCUUCUCUCCUCUCUGUUCGCCUCUCCCAGAGCCGUCCUGGAGCUCUGCGUCCACUCCGUCCUCUGCAUUUUUGCGAGCGUCUUUUCCAAAGUUCGCUUCUUGUACAGGGGAGCCUGCAGGGGCGCACAGCCGCUGGUGUCCGCCGUGGACAGCCGACCGGAGCAACGCGCAGAGGACAACGCGACGACCCCGACCAGCGUCAAUUAUCACUUUACCCGCAAAUGCAAUUACAAAUGCGGGUUCUGUUUCCACACCGCAAAAACCUCCUUCGUCCUUCCUUUGGAGGAAGCCAAGAGGGGACUCAAACUUCUAAAAGAAGCAGGCAUGGAAAAGAUCAACUUCUCCGGAGGGGAGCCGUUUCUGCAUGAAAGGGGAGACUUCCUGGGCAAAAUGGUUCAGUAUUGCAAAGCGGACCUGCAGCUCCCCAGCGUCAGCAUUGUCAGCAACGGAAGCAUGAUUAAAGAAAAGUGGUUCCAGAAAUAUGGAGACUUUUUGGACAUCUUGGCCAUCUCAUGUGACAGCUUCGAUGAAGAAACCAACCAGACGAUCGGCAGAACUCAGGGCAGGAAGAGUCACAUCGAGAACCUCUACAAGAUCCGCAGCUGGUGCCAGCAGUACAAGGUGGCCUUCAAAAUCAAUUCAGUCAUCAACAGCUUCAACGCUCUGGAAGACAUGACCGAGCAGAUCAACCAGCUCAAUCCCGUCCGCUGGAAGGUUUUCCAGUGUCUGUUGAUUGAUGGAGAGAACGCUGGCGAGGCAGCGCUGAGGGAGGCUGAGAGGUUCGUCAUCAGCGAGCAGCAGUUUCAGGAGUUUCUGGACAGGCACAGCGCCGUCUCCUGCCUCGUUCCAGAGUCUAACGAGAAGAUGAGGAACUCUUACCUGAUCCUGGACGAGUAUAUGCGUUUCCUGGACUGCCGAGAGGGAAGGAAGGACCCGUCCAGGUCCAUCCUGGAUGUCGGAGUGAAGGACGCCAUCAGCUUCAGUGGCUUUGAUGAGAAGAUGUUUCUGAAGAGAGGGGGGGUUUAUGUGUGGAGCAAAGCUGACAUGAAGCUGGAGUGGUGAUGUUCUGCUCUGCUCACUUAUUUAAUGUCAGCUUUUGCAUGUGUGUGUGUGUUUUUUUAAUGUGUUACAACGUUCAGAUGUGAUUAUUGUAAGUAUUUUAAGGUUAAGAUAAGCUCUGAAUAUGUUGCUGUUUAAUUUUAUUGUAUAUUAUAAUGUUCCAUGAAAAUAUUAAAUAAAGUUUAUUUUUGUCUACUGGA